AUGCAGGCUGCGUUCCACCAGCUGCCGCCUACAAUGCUUUCCCAAUAUUCGCUUCAGGCCCUCAAUGGCGUUAAUCCCAACACCGCCAGCGUCAUGCCUACGCCUCCAGUGGUCACUAGAAAACGGAAACGUGCUCAUCAGUAUACCGUCAGUUAUAGCGAAGUGCAGGAACUAGACAACGACGGGAAGCUGCGGGAUGUCAUCGUUAUUGAGGAUACACCGCCCCCUCCUACUAUGUCACCUGCAACUACCCAUACUGGUGCCUUUUCUGCCUCAUACCAGCCUCCUUUGUACUCGGCGCCCAUAAGGACUCGUGCUAGAGCUGCUGCAGAAGCUCAGGCUUUAUCGGCGAGUUCAUCUUCCGCAAUCGUCGCUCCUCCACCGAAGAAACGGAAGCGGGACCAUCUCGAGGAGGUCCGUGCGCUACCUGCCAAGAAGGUCAUAGCAAGCGGCCACCAUUCUCAGGCUCUCACCCAGACUAAAUCUUGGGAUACUAGAAGCGCAGCUGCGACGGAUGAGACUUCCAAGGGAUCUGUCUCCUGUGAUGACAAAGAAGGUCAUUACAUUAUCAUACCCAAUGAUAUCAUCUAUCGACGUUAUCGUACUGUGAAACUGCUUGGGCAGGGCACCUUUGGGAAGGUUGUUGAGGCCGUUGAUACUGAAACCAAUGCUAGAGUGGCUAUCAAGAUUAUUCGAGCCAUACAGAAGUAUCGUGAUGCUAGUAAGAUCGAAGUCCGUGUCUUGCAGAAGCUCAAGGAGCGCGAUCCUUUGAACCGCAACAAAUGUAUACAUUUGAUUCACUGGUUCGACCAUCGGAACCAUAUCUGUCUGGUCUCGGAACUCCUGGGAAUGUGUGUGUACGAUUUUCUUAAGGAAAACGACUUUGCACCUUUUCCUCGGCACCACAUUCAAUCAUUCGCUCGACAAUUACUGGGAAGCGUCGCAUUCUUGCACGAUCUCAAGCUUGUUCACACCGACUUGAAACCCGAAAACAUACUACUAGUGCAUAAUGACUACAAGGUGGUACAUGUUCCUGUGCCAGGAAAGCGCAACGCCCCCUCGAAGGCUAAGCGUAUACUGCAAUCCACGGAUAUUCGUCUCAUAGAUUUCGGUUCAGCUACGUUUGAGUCCGAAUAUCAUUCGACAGUUGUUUCAACUCGUCAUUACCGAGCGCCAGAGAUCAUCCUAGGAUUAGGCUGGUCCUAUCCCUGUGAUGCGUACUCGCUUGGAUGUAUUCUUGUCGAGUUCUUCACGGGAAUAGCCCUUUUCCAGACCCAUGAUAAUCUGGAACAUCUUGCGAUGAUGGAGAUGGUCAUGGGCAAGAUGCCGGAGCGCUUUUCUCGGCAGGGUGCCCGCACGAAACCUGAAUUCUUCAAGGAAGGUUCGAAACUAGACUGGCCUAAGCCUAAAGCUUCGAGACAGAGCAAGAAGGACGUUCGCGCGACAAGACCACUUUCGGAGGUCAUACCCCAGACUAACGCUAUCAAUCGUCAGUUCUUGAAUUUGGUGCAGAAGCUAUUAGCAUUCGAUCCCGCUCAGCGCAUCACAGUUCAAGAAGCGCUUAACCAUCCUUAUUUCUCUUUGAACAUCCCCGUUCAUGAGAUAUAA